GUAUCUAGUACGGCUCGGGACACAAUCACGGCCACAGAGAAGAUAUACUACACCAAAGAGACGCAGACUGACAGUAAUUGGAUGGACGACGAGAUUGAGAAACAAGUGCAGCAACGGUUAGCGGAUAUGGAGGCGGCCCAGAAGCAGAAGGAAGCAAUCGAGGAGGAAAAAAGGAUUGCAAAAGAAGAGGCCGCCGCUCAAGCACGACACGAACAAGGUAUAAGUCGGGUUAGCGUUGGUGUGUUCAACAUCAAUACCAGUGGGCCUGAAACGUCAAAUAUGAAGAUUGGCAUUCGCAUGUCCAAAAUGCUCCGAACGAGCUUGCACAGCAAGACGUCAACUCGCACAUGGCUGUGCUUAACCCCAGUGAAUCGACUGCCAUAA